GCGCGGCCGGAGCUGGCGGGGAGGAGCGGCGGCCGCGGCGGCAUCGCAGCCUGGGGCGCCGGCGCUCCGCCGGACUCGGCGCCCGCGAGAGCGCCCUCUGCGCGCGGAUCUGCCUCCCGGGGUGCGGGACUGCCCGGAGCGUCCGGCGUUCCCCGAGGGCGGGCGUGUCCUCGCGGCGCGGGGCGGGGGACCAGCGCGGGGCCGCAGCCUGUUGGAGCGCGGGGGGUGCCGUGCCCGGGGCGCGGGGAGCCCUGCGGGGGACGGCGCGGCCCGGCUCCGUGUGCGGAGCGGUUUUCUCGAACUCUCCACCUCCUCCUCAUUGGGCCCGGCGCUGUCGGGAGACCCCGUCUGCAUCUGCGGAAGAAAGGAGUGUCAUGAAAAAGGAACAGAAAAGAACCGGCCCUCUUGGUCAGAGGGGAGUUUUCUUUCCCAGUUGGUGGUUACUUCAUGAUUGGAAACGAAGUACCUAGGUGGCUGAAGAGAUUAGAUUUUUAUAGUUGUACAGAUGAAGCUGAUAAAAGAAGACAUGAAAAUGCUUUCUGUGGGUCAUAAUGGGCGAUGAGUAAGUAAGCCUGAACAAGACAGAUUUGAAAUGAGGGCAGAGCUUUUGAUUUUUUAAAACCAAGUAGGACUUUGAACACUUGUUGAGGAUGUUCUUUUCCCAAAAAUGGAAGAAGAAAAAAUUUUCAAGGCAAAGGUGUAAAAAGUGGAAGGGAAUAACAACCAAGAAUUUCAGCUUCAAGAAUUUCAGUACAUCAUCAGCUCCUUUGGGCAGACACAAGCACAGACAUCUUACACGUGGGUGAUGGUUUCCUAUCCUAGGAACGACUUUUUAAUUUGGAUUUCGGAGUGCUUCUUUUUCUUUCUUUUUUUUUUUUUUUACAACGUGUGGUUUGACUCUUCACGUUAGAUAGAUUUAUGUAAAGGAGGUAAAGCCUGAAUUCAUAGUAUGUUUGACUCUACCACUGUUUGCUCUGUGAUAUGGAAACAUUAGAGGUUUUAACAUUCCUUGAAGUUUUAUUGGAAGCAAAUCUGUGUCAGGGACACAGAUAGUGUAAAUUUCCUCUUUUUGGCAACCCACCUUGCUUUGAAUGAACUGAAUGUCAGCUGGAUUUCACAGCGUAUAUGAUUUGCAGUCUUUGUGUUAUCAAGGCCUUAAAUGUGUUUUAUCCUAGGCAGAUGGGAAAUACAUUGAGCACUGUGUUUGACAUGUAUGCCUAAGGAAGGGAACUCCCCGAUGGAUCAUGGCGUUAAUGUUUACGGGACAUUUCUUAUUUUUAGCAUUAGUGAUGUUUGCUUUCUCCACUUUUGAGGAAUCUGUGAGCAAUUACUCUGACUGGGCAGUUUUCACAGAUGAUAUAGAUCAGUUUAAGACACAGAAAGUGCAAGAUUUCAAACCCAAUCAAAAGCUGAAGAAAAGUAUGCUUCAUCCAAGUUUAUAUUUUGAUGCUGGAGAAAUCCAGGCAAUGAGACAAAAGUCUCGUACAAGCCAUUUGCAUCUGUUUAGAACUAUCAGAAGUGCAGUAACAGCUAUGCUGUCCAACCCCACAUACUACCUACCUCCACCCAAGCAUGCUGAUUUUGCUGCCAAGUGGAAUGAAAUUUAUGGUAACAAUCUGCCUCCUUUAGCAUUGUACUGUUUGUUAUGUCCAGAAGACAAAGUUGCCUUUGAGUUUGUCUUGGAAUAUAUGGACAGGAUGGUUGGCUACAAAGACUGGCUGGUUGAGAACGCACCAGGGGAUGAGGUUCCAGUUGGCCAUUCCUUAACGGGUUUUGCCACUGCCUUUGACUUUUUGUAUAACUUACUAGAUGAUCAUCGGAGACCUAAAUACCUGGAAAAAAUAUGGGCUGUUACUGAGGAAAUGUAUGAGUAUUCCAAGGUCCGUUCGUGGGGCAAACAACUUCUCCAUAAUCACCAAGCUACUAACAUGAUAGCAUUACUCACGGGGGCUUUGGUGACUGGGGUAGAUAAAGGAUCUAAAGCAAAUGUAUGGAAACAGGUUGUAGUAGAUGUGAUGGAAAAGACGAUGUUUCUGUUGAAUCACGUUGUCGAUGGUUCUUUGGACGAAGGUGUGGCCUACGGAAGCUACACAGCUAAAUCAGUCACACAGUAUGUUUUUCUAGCCCAGCGUCAUUUUAAUAUCAACAACUUGGAUAAUAACUGGUUAAAAAUGCACUUUUGGUUCUAUUACGCCACCCUUUUACCAGGCUUCCAAAGAACUGUGGGUAUAGCAGAUUCCAAUUAUAAUUGGUUUUAUGGUCCAGAGAGCCAGUUAGUUUUUUUGGAUAAGUUUAUCUUAAAGAAUGGAGCUGGGAAUUGGUUAGCUCAGCAAAUUAGAAGGCACCGACCUAAAGAUGGACCAAUGGUCCCCUCCACUGCCCAGAGGUGGAGUACUCUCCACACCGAGUUCAUCUGGUAUGAUCCCCAGCUCACCCCACAGCCUCCUGCUGAAUAUGGCACUGCAAAAAUGCACACAUUCCCUAACUGGGGUGUUGUCACCUAUGGGGCUGGGUUGCCAAAUACACAGAGCAAUACCUUUGUGUCUUUUAAGUCUGGGAAGCUAGGGGGGCGAGCGGUGUAUGACAUAGUUCACUUUCAGCCAUACUCCUGGAUUGAUGGGUGGAGAAGCUUUAACCCAGGACAUGAACAUCCAGAUCAGAACUCCUUUACUUUUGCCCCCAAUGGGCAAGUGUUUGUUUCUGAAGCUCUCUAUGGACCCAAGCUGAGCCACCUUAACAACGUACUGGUGUUUGCUCCGUCCCCCACAAGCCAGUGUAACGAGCCCUGGGAAGGUCAACUGGGAGAAUGUGCACAGUGGCUCAAGUGGAGCGGCGAGGAGGCCGGGGACGCGGCGGGGGAAAUCGUCACUGCCUCUCAGCAUGGAGAAAUGAUAUUUGUGAGUGGGGAAGCAGUGUCUGCUUACUCGUCAGCAAUGAAGCUGAAGAGUGUGUAUCGUGCUUUGCUUCUCUUAAAUUCCCAGACUUUGCUAGUUGUUGAUCACGUUGAGAAGCAGGACAAUUCCCCAAUAAAAUCUGUCAGUGCCUUCUUUCAUAAUCUGGACAUUGACUUCAAGUACAUCCCUUACAGGUUUAUGAACAGGUACAAUGGCGCCAUGAUGGAUGUGUGGGAUGCACACUACAGAAUGUUCUGGUUUGAUCAUCGUGGCAAUAGUCCCAUUGCUAGCAUACAGGAAGCAGAGCAAGCUGCUGAAUUUAAGAAACGGUGGACUCAAUUUGUUAAUGUUACAUUUCAGAUGGAAUCCGCAAUCACAAGAAUUGCGUAUGUCUUUUAUGGGCCGUAUGUCAAUGUUUCCAGCUGCAGAUUUAUUGAUAAUUCCAACUCUGGACUUCAGAUUUCUCUCAAUGUCAAUAAUACUGAACAUGUUGUGUCCAUUGUAACUGACUACCAUAACCUGAAGACGAGAUUUGAUUACCUGGGUUUUGGUGGCUUUGCCAGUGUGGCUGAUCAGGGCCAAAUAACCCGAUUUGGUUUGGGCACUCAAACAAUAGCAAAGCCCAUAAGACAAGAAAGGGUUAUUUUCCCUUUUGGGUUUAAGUUUAAUAUAGCAGUUGGGUUGAUUUUGUGCAUUAGCUUGGUGAUUUUAACCUUUCAGUGGCGGUUUUACCUUUCUUUUAGAAAGCUAAUGCGGUGGAUCCUAAUCCUUGUUAUUGCCUUGUGGUUUAUUGAGCUGCUGGAUGUGUGGAGCGCCUGCACUCAGCCCCUCUGUGCAAAAUGGGCAAGGACGGAGGCCGAGGCAAGCCCGAAGUCUUUGUCUUCCGAAGGGCACCACCUCGAUCUUCCCGAUGUCGUCGUUACCUCACUUCCUGGUUCAGGAGCUGAAAUUCUCAAACAGCUUUUUUUCAACAGUAGUGAUUUUCUCUACAUCAGAGUUCCUACAACCUACAUCAAUAUUCCUGAAACUGAAUUUGAAAUUGACUCAUUUGCAGAUGCCUGUGAAUGGAAGGCAUCAGAUAUCCACAGUGUGCAUUUCCGUUUACUCCGAGGCUGGUUGCAGUCCUUAGUUCAAGACACGAAACUACAUUUGCAAAACAUCCAUCUGCAUGAACCCAGUAGGGGUAAACUGGCCCCAUAUUUUACAGCAAAUAAGGACAAAAAAAGAAAAUUGAAAAGGAGAGAGUCUUUGCCAGAACAAAGAAGUAGGAUGAAAGGCACCUUUGAUAGAGAUGCUGAAUAUAUUAGGGCUUUGAGGAGACACCUGGUCUAUUACCCAAGCGCGCGUCCCGUGCUCAGCUUAAGCAGCGGGAGCUGGACCUUAAAGCUUCAUUUUUUCCAAGAAGUUUUAGGAGCUUCUAUGAGGGCAUUGUACAUAGUAAGGGACCCUCGGGCAUGGAUUUAUUCAAUGCUGUACAGUAGUAAACCAAGUCUCUACUCUUUGAAAAAUGUACCAGAGCACUUAGCUAGAUUGUUUAAAAUAGAGGGAGGUAAAGGCAGAUGUAACUUAAAUUCAGGCUAUGCUUUCGAGUAUGAAUCGUUGAGGAAAGAAUUAUCGAAACCCACGUCCAGUGCAGUCUCCCUGUUGUCCCAUCUGUGGCUCGCAAACACCGCAGCGGCCCUGAGAAUAAACACAGACUUGCUGCCUACCAGCUACCAGCUGAUCAAGUUUGAAGACAUCGUACGUUUUCCUCAGAAAACCGCUGAAAGGAUUUUUGCCUUUCUUGGAAUACCUUUGUCUCCUGCUAGUUUAAACCAAAUACUGUUCGCCACCUCCACGAACCUUUUCUAUCUUCCCUAUGAGGGGGAAAUAUCACCAAGUAAUACUAACGUUUGGAAACAGAACUUGCCUAGAGAUGAAAUUAAACUGAUUGAGAACAUCUGCUGGACACUGAUGGAGCGUCUAGGAUAUCCAAAGUUCAUGGACUAAAUGCUGCAGGUCAGCAGAAAUUUGCACUAAUCCUUUGCAACCCGGCUUGUGGAUGUGACGAGUUUGUUUAUUCUUGUACUGUGUGUGUGUGCGUGUGCGCGCGUGUUCGGUUUGUUACUUGCACAGAGAUUAUUUUAAAAAUAGGCCCCGUAUUUGGCCUAGCAGGAUUUAUUUUUACAUCGCUACUUCCCUUGCCUUUGUUUCUGAAUUUUUUUUUUUUUUCUGCUGAAAUGUUCCGGCUACAGAGGCGUAGAUGAAGUUAUAGGAUGGAGGUCAGGGGAGGUAAGAUUUUACAGGUUUUUGUCUGGCCGUCUCCUCGUCUGUAACUGUGCUGAUCUAUCUUGGAACCUCAAACACUGCUAAAGGCCUUUCAAUUGCUGCUCUGCCCAAGCAUCUCUUGCUUUCAAGAUGGACUACAAAAGUUCGUUAUCUUUUUUAAAAGAUCUUCUAACACAUUUAUCUUGCACCAAAAAAAAAAAAAAAAAAAAAAAAGGUUUUUUUGGUGUUUUGUUUUUUUCCUCCUGUGUAUAAUGUUCAGUGAUAUCACUGGGGAAAUGGUGAAAGCUCCUAUCAGAACUAUAGAAUUCUUUCUGGAAAAUACAGAUGGAAAUACAGAAUGAACAUUUUUUUGAGGUCCGAGACAGUGGCCUGAAAAGCCUCCUUAAAGUUUUUUUACUUGGAAGGAACAAGGAGUCAGUCUUUGAACAAUCUGGGUGCCAAGGGCUGGGAGAGUAUUUUAGACUUGCUUGUCUGUUAACUCUCUUUUCUCUCUCUCUCUCUCUCUUCCUCUCUCCCUCUCUCCCUCCCUCCUCCUCGAAGCUACAGCUGUUCCCACCCCUCACGCCCUGUCCUUUCUGUCACUGUUAUGCAAAACAACCCAUUAGUACUGAGUGCUGAAGAGUCCCGACAUUUGUGGGGAUUUUUUUUUUCCCUGAUGAUUAAUUUUGCAUUAAAGAAUCGCACUUAGAAUCGAAUUUCUUUUUGUGGAAUCCUCACCGUAUGACUCAGAGAAAGCAGUACCACCGCUGCUAGUGUUUUUUGAGCCUGGAAACAGAACUGGAAACCUGCCCAGCUGAUCCUGCGUCUCUUUGAAUGAGUUUGCAGACCGCCAGUGUCUGCAAAAGUUACAGGCAAAUGGGAGAUGACGUCAGAGGCAUCUGUUUCUUUCACCAUCUGCAUCUUAUUAUAAAUGUAGUCGUCAUAAAAUCUGGUUCAUUUUAUUUUGGUAGGCUCUGAAAUCAAAAUGCCACGCCGUUAGAUGCCGUUAUAAGCCGGAGGAGUAAUUACCGCGCACUGGACAAAAACCAUUAGGCGGGGUUGAGACCUGAUGAAAAUCUCUGUACAGAUUGCCGUCUUCCCGACGUUUCAGACUGUCGUUUCCCCAAGCUCUCCAACACUUGGGAGUCUGUCCUUCUGACCUAGAUAAAAGUGGUUCUUUCUCAGUAGUUUGUUAUUAUGUCAAAAUGUGCCUCCAGAGUGAUAAGGCUGUGGAUAUGUUCCAUUCCAGCUAAACCUAACUUGGCUGUCAUUUUUCUUCCAUUAUAGUGUGAAUGCAGACCGCUCCUCCUCCCCCAGCUUUACUUCCUUCUCUCCGCUCUCCCUGCUUUCUCUCUGCAAAGUCAAAAAUGAAUGAAAAAUCGUAUUGUAUCAGUGUAGGUUGAGAGGGCAGCUGAAGACCUGAGUCUACACAGGUAUUCUCAAGGAAGGUUAUUCUGCCUAUCUCAGGGUUAUCAACAAGCAUGUAAAAUUGCUGCAUGGAUGAUAACACUCUUCCCAUUACUGGUCAUAGUCUCAGGGUUUGCUUUCAAUUCCCAGGAUGUGUGAUCUCAAAUCAGAUCAAAUCAAAAGCCUUUGGGUUGGCAGUAAUAGCAGGUCUGAUCAAGGUAAGACUUACACAUGUGUGCAGAAGCCGAACCACUGCCUGUUAAUAUUGCAGAAACACCCCCAAGGGGAAGGAGAGAACCAGGUGGACUAUGUGGAGGAAUCGGAGGGGAGGUGGGGAAAACGAAAAAAAGCAGUUGUGUGAAUGAGCAUGGGGACAUGUUACUGAUAGCUGAAGAAAGGGACACAUUUACCAAAGUGAUCUCCACAGUGUAUCCUAACUUUCACCCCCACACAGCAAUGCCAAGAUGAAUUUCCCUGGCACUGUACUCACCUCCCCCCACCCCAAGGGAAAGUCUGCUGGAAGAGACCUCUAUCUGCAGAUUCCCCUGUGAGGAACAUUAUGGGUGAAGGAUGACCCAGCCGUUGGAUCUGCACGCAGAUGUUCAUGCUUGGGACCCCUUGCCUUAUAAUCAUAAUACCUGAGGUGACUAGCUCCCAGAACAUCCAGGUCCUGCAUCCCUAGGGUGUUAGCUUCAGAAAAAUUCCAGUAGCCUCCACACUUAAUUUUAUUCUUGUCAUCUUGAAAAUCAUUAAAGGGAUGAUUGGUACUAUGUGACACUUCUAAAGGAAACACCUGUCCUCUCUGUAAAAUUAACCCCUUUCUUUAUUAACUUCCCCAAACUUAGGCCUAAUUGGGAUAAAAACUGUUACUAAAAUAAUAGAAUUUAGGACUUGAAAUUAAAAGAAGACAGUUUUGCUGACAAGGGUAACAAAUGCAAUGGUUAAUAAUAUGGUUCUCAAAAGUUUGAAAUAAUGCAAAUUACUCACUUAGGAUGAAAAAAUAAGGCCAUAUCCAGAAUUGAGUUUAAUGAAAUUCUGGAGAGGUUAGGAAGUGGAAGACUCUCUUCAGGAAAAGCAAGAUGAAUUUAUGAGUAUGCUUAAAUUUAAUUGAUAGAAACCUAGAAAGGCACAAGUUUUAAGCAAAUGACAAGAAAAUGUACAUAUUAGGAAAGCACCUGUGAAUAAAGGCCUAUAAAUAAAUAAAACAUACAUAUUAGAUCUAGACCCCAAAUAUUAGACAUUUGAUUGGCUGUCUUUUUAAAUCAACAGAGAAGAAUUAGUAAAUGCCUGACAAGAACGGGAUGUUAAACUCCCAGGCAAUAUCAGAGGACUUGCCACAAAACCUUCAGCAAUGCAUUCAAAGAAGCAGCACCCCUCCACCCACACUAGGGCAUCCUGAAGACUUUUCCUUUUGUGGAAAUGUUACCCCUCUGCCACUUACUUUUGAUUAACGUUGUUUAUCGGUACUUUUGGGUGCAUCCUUGAAGAUCCCAGCCAUUCUUGUUAUGUAAAGGAUAUCCAAUUAUCUGUGAGUAGACAUUAGCAAUGGAUUUAAAUCACUACGUUUGAUUGGCUUGAUUAACUGAUGAUAAUUAGAAAAAUAUUCACUGAUUAAUUUAGGAAAAAUGUAAAUAGAAGGCAAUACAUAAAUACCAUUUCCAGAGAUAAGGAUGCCUAAUACAGGAUAUGUCAAGGAAUUUAAUAUGUGGGCCAUUUACUGCUUAUUUAAAUGUUAGCUAAAGCAUGUCUAAUACAUAUAAAAAUGUCUGCUAAGGCAAUUUCUUUCAUUAUCUCACUAGUGUCAUUCCUUCAUGUUGUCAGGAAAAUUCAAAUAAUAAUCUAAGAACUAAAUGACUGAAUUUUUGCACAAAGGAUGAUAGGAACUUCAAACAAUAGAUUCUAAUAUUCUGUAAUUAACUUGUAGAUGCUUGAGCUAUAAUUUACAUGAGCUUGUGUUAUAUUUAGUCCACGUAACGUAUACAUAUUUAAUUCUGUUUCCAGAGAUAGGUUCAGCUAAUGCUUCCAAACCGUAGAGAAUUUCAUUUUUGUUUUUGUUUGGUUUUUCUUUCACACUUACCCAGUUAUUCAGUGAAGAAAAGAUAGACUGAAGGUCAUAAACUAGCUUACCCUGGCACUAUAUGUAUAACAAAACUCCACCAUUAAUAAAUAAAUAAGCUAAAAGCAACUUGGCUUUGGUUGGGAUAAUUUCAUACUAGCUCUCUUUAGAUCUUUGGGUAACUGGGAGGAUUUUAUGUAGAGCCGAGAAGGCAGGGACUUGAAAUGGGGAGCACACUGAAUACUGACAUUCAGCCUCAGGAUUCCAGCCACAAAACUUGCUCCAUUAAGUGAUGAGCUAGCCUCUUCUUGCCUGACUUAAUCCCAGGUCUGUCUCUGACUUGGACUCAUUUCCGUCUUCUGCACACAUUAUCCCACUUACGAAAUGGCAAGAGCAUCCCUGUACUAUGCACCUGUCCUCUACAUCUGCCCCUGCGGCCAUUGGCAAGAUCUCUGUGCUGCCUGAUGCAUUACUCAUGAAGAAGGUUACGUGAGAUGUUCUAAGUUCGGUGUGCAGGAUUGGCACAGUGAAGACUUUUUUUAAAAAAAGAGAAGCAUAUAUAGUGAAUUAGUCUCUGAUGUGCCAUGCAUCGAACUGUAAGGUUUUUCUAUGUCUCGUUACAAUCCUCACAACAACUCUAUACGGUACUUAUUUUACAAAUAAAUUUGAAAGCCCUAUUAUCUCUCUAGGAAGUGCAUUUUUGUAAGGGAAUUUUUAAUGGAUUUACAGUUCAUCAGUUCAUGUAUUCGCUAUACUUUUUGGGUAUCUACUAUUGAGAUACUGACUAGUGUGAGGGAAGAACAGAAAAAUCAGUUGACUGGCCCUGCUGUGUGAGGAAUUGGCAGUCUUUCCCGACUUCAAAGCUAAUAGGAAUUCAUCAAGAAGCGGAGAAGGGGAGGCAUGGCAGUUAGUGAUUAUCACCCGAGGAAAGACACCGAAAAUUGUUGUCUCUUUUGCAGUAGACAUGGUUUAUUUCUGAAAUGGUCGUUGUGAGGAAAGAGAGUCAUAUAUUGAGUUAGAGGAAGUUAUGCUUGGUAAACUUGGAUGGAGAUCACCACCUAUUUUUUCUUAAUUAGGUUUUGGCUCUAGUUGUCAUGGGACAUCCCAUUAAUGAGUAGCUUUUCCAAAAGGGUAGUGCAAAUAGAACAAAACCAACACUUGCUCUCUCCCCAUUCCCACUCACUCAACUACCCUAAUAACACUAUUCACAGCAAAGAAAUUUGGUUGUAGGUGAAUAUCAAGAGAUGCUCUGAAGAGAAAAGAAUAUGUGAGUAUGGUCUGACUGCUGUGCGUACGGAUCAUUGCUAGUAAUGACAGAAAGACAACACCAUGUUUUUCAUCCAGAGUCCAGCUGACCAAUAGCAUCUUUCCCUGUCCCUCCUCUCUGAGUGUCUCCAGACCCGCAGUGCCAGGCAGAGCUGUCAAUACUGGGGGAUGCAGCAGGGAACAAAAAUCUAUGGAGCGGACAGUCUAGUGAGGACUAGAGAGAAACACAUUUGCAUUUCACAAUGUUUCUAGCUCAAAGAAGUCUACACCAAAUGGAAGUGCCUACUCGUGUCAAAUCUGUGACUAACAAAUAUAUUCAAGUAGAAUUCAUUUUAGGAAAAAAAAAAUCUGGUCUUUCCUCCAAGAUGUAAAUAAUACCAGCAGGAAGGGAGGGAAAGAGAAAAAAAGGAAAGAAGGGAGGGAGGGAGGGUGGGAGGGAGGAAAGAACAUAGAACACAGGAAGUAAGGUGUACAGGGAGAAUCACUCCUAUAACAAUUGUGUUAAUUAUUCUGUGAACUAUUUAGAAUCUCUUUGAAAUCUUAUUGUUAAAACUUGAGAAAAAAAAUAAAUUAUAAUUUGAGCAGAUCUUUUUUUUUUUUUCCCCUAGGAUUGCUCUCUCUCAAGAUCAAAUGUAAUUUUUCUUUGAAGUGUAGUAACGUUGACGUUGAAUUUUACUUACAUGUUUCAGGUUUUCAAAUGUCUGAUAAUAUGUGAUGUUUUCCCGUAUGUUGUCUUCCUCUCUAUUUGGGAUAUAUACAUUGUUCUUAAUGGUUUAAGGAAGCAAACUUUCACACACACGUGACAUCUGUGAUGCUCUUCAUUCUUUUUUUUUUUUUUUUUUUUGAACAGUUUGGCUCCCAAUCACUGUACUUUUCUUAUUUAGAACAUGAGCAAUAUAAACUCCCUGAUCCCUGCAUUAAAAUCUAGCACCCCUCUAUGCACAAUACAUAACACACUUCUUACCUUAUUUAUUGCAUGAUGCAAAUAAGGCUCUACACCCUUAUUGUACUACAGUGAAAGAAUAUUGUCCAGUUUUUCUGGUAUUUAUUUAUUGUUUUAAUUAUAUAUUCAUUUAUUCCUUCACUUUGUUCCAAAAGAUUGAUUUUAUUGUAGAUUUGUUUAAAGUACAUGAGAUUUAAAAAUAUGGCUAUUUUAAGUAUAUUAAGCCUUUUUAAUUUGAUGCCUUAAUGUGAUAUUUCACAAAACUUUGAAGGGACGAUUUAUUUAUAUGUAAAAGAACACAGUAAUACAAGCAAGAAGUGAUGAAAUUGCUUUCAUUAGAUACCCAUAAAAAGAUAAAUGCAUAUAAAGAAUGCAAUUAAUAAAAGUCAGGUGGUUUUACUUUUCGUAUCAGACAUUAACCUGAGCCUUAUGGCUAAUUCAAUGCUAACAGGGCACAGCAUGCUUACAGUGAGCUUAUGAGCACCAACAAAUUUGUGGUGAUUUCUCCAGAUUUACCAAAAUAAACUGAAUUGCACACACAUUCAUUUAUGACUUUGUCUUCUACCCAACACUAAUUAUAAAACUCAAAAAUAUCCCAUUGUUGAACACAUGAAUAGAAAGGAACAUGCUUGUAUACACACAUAACAACUUGGCAGAGUUCCAUUACCAUAAGAGGCAUAAGGUUUUUUCUGAAUAACUAAAAGCCGACCCCUGGGGGGUCUUCCACUGGCCUUGUUUAUACCUUCCCCCAUUUCCUUUCUUAAUUUGAAGAAGGUCAUUUCUGUUAAAAUGUUACAUUUAUAUAACACUUUUAUAUAUUACAUGAGCUUUGGAAUUAGAAAAAAACAAACAAAAAAAAACCACACUAAGCCCUAGGUCAGUAAAUACUGACCAGCUGUGAGGUUUUGGGCAACUUUCUUAAUUUUAAAUCUCCAUUUCUUCCUCUGUAAAAUUUCCCUAGAGUCGAUGCAUGGAUUAAAUAAAAUCUCAUGUAAAAAAAAUAAUGGAACAGUACUUGUUUCCUCUUUGUGAUGAUCACCUACAAUUCUCUGGUCUUUUAUAUUUUGGUUUAGUAUUUAAAGUAGCAUCUAUUUUAGUGUAAUAUUUAAUAUAUCAGUUGAGUCACACAAACAUGUACAAUCACAAUUAUACAUUUAAUACAUUAAUUGGAAGCAGUGUUUCCUUUAUGGUCAUAUUUCAAGAAAAAAUUUUAUUGCAGCUUUCACUUCAGCUUCCAUGUCUUUGUCUUCCAUUUCCAGAGCCAUGUGUUUUUUUUUUUUGUUUCGUUUGUUUGUUUGUUUUUUUCCAGAGCAUAUUAUGUUCAUUGAAAUAGAGACCAUUUUUAAUUUAGGGCUGAUGCAAUUGAAAUUGUGUUCCAUAUUACAAUAAGUGCCAUUUGUGUGACAUUAAGCAUAACUUUAUGCCCAUACCUUCAUUCAAUAGAUACAUAAUUGUGAUCUUCUAUAUUGUAACCAUUAUAUUUUUUCUCUUUUAUUUUCUCCACUUAUUUAUUGUGAAAUGAACAUGAAAUCUGAGGUGUUUAAGACUAUGUGUGAAUGUUGUGUUUACUCCACAAACUAUGAGGAUGUAAGUGGAAGCCAAUUAGAGGUAGCAUAUCCAAAUUACAUAUGUAAUGAUUGUUCACCUCAACACCAUACUUCACAAGAUUGCAUCAAAAUACAAUCAUCUGAUCUGUGUAGAGUAUUUUUUUUUUUCUGUUAAAUCACAUGUCAUUCACACCUAUUUUUGGGUUGAGGUAAAAUUCUACAGUACCUUAUCCUAUAGCUGAUGCUUUGUAAAAUGCUUUCUGGCUUCCAUGGCUAUAUAUUGGGACCCAGGAGCAAAUUGCAGAGCCUCCAGCCAGAAACUCAGCCUUCCAGCAAUGAGUGCAAAACAGAAUGCCCUUCUAUAUUGGGUCCAACUGCCACAGACCAAUGGUAGUAGGUUCAUACCACUGAUAGACAGGAAUUCCAUUUCUGUGAUUGAUUUUCCUUGGGUAUUGCUGUCUACACUCUUACUAAGUAUGGUUCGUUGUAUGCAAAUUAGAAAUCACUCUUGUGUUGGCUCUUGCAUAUGCCAACUCUACUUCCCCCACUUAUCAAACUGUAGGUAGGUAUUAUGGAUAUGCAAAAUAGGUUACAGUAGUAUGUUGACACGGAAAAAUUGUGUUGACCCUAUCUGAGAAGUCAGAAGCCCUCCUCUAUGAUAUUGAUGAAUUUCUGUGGCCAGAGCUGAAACUUAAGGGUAGGAAUUUAUGUACUUGCAUACUCUACAAUAUGGUACAAAACAUAUUUGGUACAAAAGAAAUUAAUAAAAUGAGUAAGAGUGUACCUGUCACCCACAAUUUAUACUAGUGGUUAAACCUCCUAUCUGACCUUCUGUUAUCACAUCCUCCUGCUCCCAACAGUGAGGGAACAUCUAUCCUGGGUUUGUGUGUACUAUUUCCUUGCUUUUCUUUAUAGCUACACAUAUGUGUCUAUCCUUGUCAACAAAAUGUAUAUUUUUGCAUGGUUUCAAACAUUGUGUAAACAGUCCCAUACUGCAUAUAUUUUUAUACAGCUUGCUUUUCUUUACUCAAAAUUUUGUGUGUCUAAUGCAUAUUGUUGUUUGUAGGUGGAGAUCACUUAUCUUCAACAUGGUAGUAUCCCAUUAUAUGAAUAUACCAUUAUCUGAGCAUGCUGUACAUUAUCUUUUAUCUUGCUGGAUUUGGGAAAUAUUCAAACAUUGCAUGUAAAAGUUGUAUAUGUUCUAUAAUGCACCUAUGUAAGAAUUUUGUUCCUGUGUUUUGUUUGUACCUAGAACAUUUCCACCCAGCCCCCCACUCCAAACUUCUUCCUGGUGUGUGUGUGUGUGUGUGUGUGACUGAAAGCACAUCCUCAACUAUUCUAGAUGGUGCCAAGUUAGUAUUUUUCUAGAUUGUACAAAUUGACACUUUAGCCAUUAUAAGAAAGUUUCUGUUGCUCCAAGUUUUCUCCUAUACUUGACAUUUUCAGACCUUUUAAAUAUUUUCCUGUCUGGUGGGGUGAAAAGGAGUCACCUUUUUUUUUCUGGAUGUCGAAAGACAAAGAUGGGAGUGAAGGGUGUCACACUCUUGUUUUUAUUUGCAGUCCUUUGAUUAUUAAUGACAUUCAGCACAUACACCUGGUGUGUGUGGGAACACAAACAUAUAGUAGUCUUUCCUAUUUCCAUUUGUGUUUCUUCUUUUCUGAAAUAAAAUCCAUGCUCAUGUCUUCCAUCCAUUUUUCUAUUGAGUUCAUUCUUUUCUCUUAUUGACUCAUUGGAGUUUACCAUAUAUUAAUAAUACUAAUCCUUUUUUGGUUGUCUGUGUUGUGACUAGUUUUUCAGUUUAUAUUCUCAUGAUCCUUGUACUAUAACUUUGGGGAUGUAUUUUGAUACACAAGUGUUCUUCAUUUGAAUGUAAGAAAAUAUGUGAGUGUUUUUUCUCUGUUAUAUAUACCUUUUUCUGCAUCGUAUUAAAGAAUCCUCUCCAAGGUCUUAGCACAGAAAAUGUUCUCCUCUAUUUUUAUUACCACAAACAUAAUGGCUUAGAACAACAUAUUUACUAUCUCACAGUUUCUGUGGGCCAGGGAUUCAGGCAUGGCUUAACUGGGUCUUUGCUCAGGGUCUCUCAUAGAGCUGCAAGCAAGGUGCUCUCACCUGGGACUCACCUGGAGAAGCACAGGCUUCCGAGCUCACACGGGUCUUGGCAGGAAUCAGUUCCUUGUGGGUUGUUGGACUAAAAGCCUCAGUUCUUUUCUGGCUGUUGGCUGGAGACCAUCCUCAGUCAUUUACCAUACAGGGUUAUCCAGAUGUCCGUUUCCUUCACAAAAGACAGAAUGAGAGAGAAUCAGUAGAAAAAGUGCUAACCGUGUAGCAUAUUCAUCGAAGUGACACCUCAUCAGUUUUGGUUAGAAGCCAGGUCACAGGUCCCACGCACAGCCAGAGGAAGGGGAGUACACAGGGACAUGAGUACCAGGAGCUGUAAUAAAUGGGGGCCAUUUUAGAGUCCAUUUGCCACACAUUUUACCUUUUAUACUUAAAUAUUUAAUCUGCUUUACAUUAAUUGUGUUGAUUCUGAGGUUUUACUUUUUUUUUUUUCUGUAUGAGUAAUCUGCUGUCCUAGACUAAAAAGAUUGAAUAAGCUUUUCUUUCCCACCAUCUUUCAAUGCCAUCUCUACCAUAUAUCAGGUCCGUAUGUUUUGUGUGAGUCUAUUUCUGAGCUCUCCAUUUCAUUCUGCUGGCAAAUUUGAUUACGCCAACGAUAAUACCACACUGUCUUAAUUACUGUUGUCUUUUUGUUAGGCUGAAAUCUGGCAAGACAAGUCUUUUUGUUUUCUCUUCCCUCCAUAUGCAUUUUAGAAUUAAUUUGCACAGUUCCUCAAAAAACAAACAAAGAACAAUACAUUGUUAAUUGUAAAUGCGUAACAUCGGUAUUGGAGAAUUACCUUUCAAUUCACCUAUCUAGGAGCAUGAUAUUUCUCCUUUAUAUAAUACCACAUUUGUUAAUCUUUUGAUAGAUUUCAGUCUGAACACUUCAUAUAUUGUUACUGCAGCAGAUGAUAUUUAUUUUUAAUUAUAAAUUCUAACAUGCUAGUAUAUAGAAAAUGCAAUUGAUUUUUGUGUAUUUCUAUUGUAUCGGGGAACUUACUAAAUCCUCUUUUUUUUUUUUUUUAAUUUAUUUAUUCAUGAGAGACAGAGAGAGAGAGAGAGGCAGAGGGAGAAUCAGGCUCCCCGCGAAGCAGGGAGCCCGAUGCGGGACUCGAUUCCCGGACCCCUGGGAUCAUGACCUGAGCCGAAGGCAGACGCUUAACCGACUGAGCCACCCAGGCAUCCCCACUUACUAAAUCCUCUUACUAAUUUAAUAAUUUACCUGUAAAUUCUUUCAAAAUACUUACAUAGGGGGUUUGUAAUUUGUAAUUAAUGAAAAUUAUAUUCCCUCCUUCUUACAACUUUUUAAUGUCCUUGGUGCAUUUGUUAGGGCCUCCUAUAAAAUACUAAAUGGAUUUAGUCAUAGUGUUCUUGUACUGUUCCUGAUGUGAAUGGAACGCUUUUGCAUUUCACCACUGAGCAAAUGGAUGCUGUGUGUGUCCAUAGAUUCACCUACUCACUAUGUGGUAUUCCCUUCUAUUCCUAGUUUGAGAAAUGACCUUUUAUCAUCAGUGCAUGAUGAGAUUUAUUCAAUGCUUUUCUUGGCAUUUGUUUUAAUAGCCACAUGUUUCUUUGCCUUUAUCUGUUAAUGUAGUACAAAUAUGUGAAAAUAUUUUUUUUUUCUUUUGAGAUUAGACCAGACUUGAUUUGCAAGGAUAAAACCAGCCUGGGAAUGAUUCAUUAUAUUUCUAUAUGUUGCUGGAUUGUGUUUGUUAAUAUUUAAGUUAAGAUGUUGACAUCAACACUUGUGAUUUUCUCAUACUGUACUUACCUAAUUUUGAAGUCAGCUUACUUGUCACAUAAAAUAAAUUGAGGAUGUUCUAUUUUUAUAUUCUCUGGAAGAGUUUGCAUAAGAUUGAAAUGAUCUAACACUAAGAAUGUUAGAACUUAUUUGUAAAACCAACUGGUUAUUGUGUUUUCUUUGUGGAAACAUUUUGGCUAUGUAUACAGUUGUAUUUGAUGGUUAUAGGCUUAUUUUAUUGAGGUCAUGUGUUUAUUUCGAAGCCUAUUUUGGGCAAAAGAAUUUGUCCUUUUAAACGUUCAUAUAUUUUGACCUAAAUUUGCUCAAAAUGCAUUCUGCUGCCUCUCUCUAAUUAUCCAACCCCCACACAAAAUUUUUCCAUCCCUAGUAUGUGUACCUUGUUUCUUUUUGUUCCUUUUUCAGGGUUUGCCUUUUAUAUAAGUCAAAGACUAACUUUUGGCUGUUUUUGUUCAGCUUACUAUUUUAUGUUUAUUUGAUAUUGCAUAAUUUUGGCUCUUGAUCUUACAUAUUCCCUUCAAACUAUUUUAUUUAUUUUCUCUAAUUUGCUCUUGUUCUGUUUUGUACCUUUAAUCAUAUGGCUUUUUUUUUUUUUUUUUUUGUCAAUGCCCACCACCCGAAAACCACCAGGAACAGAGAGGAUUUAUUGUUUAUUACAGUAAAAGGGAUGGAAAUAAUACAACUUUGCUCUAAAUUAGCUGUUGUUAGGAAGUGGGGUAAUUCUAUGACUGGGUAUCUGAAUAAAUCUUACCUAGAAGGAGGGAAAAUUAGAGACCAACUCUGUAAUUGGUUAAGAAGUAGCUGUCACUCCUAUUUUAAUGUGUAGUUUUCCCAUUAUCCCUUCUAAGUAUUUUCAGAAUCCCGCUGUGAUCUCUCAUACAACCAUGUGUAUUCAUGUAUUUAUAGAGUUUCUCUAACUUAUCUCUUGCUGUCACUUUUUAUCUUCAGUAUAUUGCAGUCAGAAACUAUGAACUGAAUGGCACUAAUUUUGUCAAAUGUAAGGCUCUCUGCCUGGAUAUGGACUGGUAUCUGGUAAAUUUUUAUAAAUGCUCUAUGUGUUGUGUAAAAGUGGGUAUUCUCUACUUGUUGGGUAAGAUAUUCUGAAAAUCUGCUGGCUCUAACUUGACAGUUUUCCUAUUCUGUUUAAACAUGUGUAUCCAUAUGAGUUUCCCUAAUCUUUCAAUUACUAUAAAAGCUUUGUCAUUAAAAGUA